AAGCGCACCGAAUGAACAACGACGACUCUUCAAGUAAUAACAAUAACAAUGGACAGUUCUUUAAGACUUAUAGAAAGAGUGGUUACAGAUUAUUUGACCAACCCAGAGAUGAUCAAAUGUGUACACAGUGACGAAGGCAGUUCAUUUUUUAGAGAUGCUACGUCUCUUCUUCAUGAGCUUGAGUUUAAGGAUCCUUUAGCUGAAUACAUUGUAAGUGCAGCCCACAGGUAUGGAAAGCAACAUGGGUUCUGUUCCUCUGAUACCGGCCUGUACUUUGUCUGCAUGUUUGUCCAUAUCUGCAAGAAACUUCAACAACAGGGUAUUCCAGUGGAUAUCACCAUUUCUGAAAUCCAGCGCAUUUUCCAAAAUGUCCAAGCAAACUCUCAGAUGAAGACUGUAACAGUACAGGAAGCAGUACUGUUGUUGCAAGAACUGAACACAAGUGCUCAUUUGACAGAUAAAGAUAAGAAUUUUGACAGUGUUUCAAAAGUUGUGAAAACAAGAGAUUCAGAUGCUCUGUAUGGAGAGAAUGCUUUAACAAAAAAUUGUGACAAUUUAAAAUCAAAUUAUUUUGUUCCUGCAGUUGAGGACAGAAAAGAAAGUAAAUGGAACAUGGUUGAGCUUGCCACGAGUUCAACUUGUAACAUGGAGGUUAAGGCAGCAGAAAGUAAUAUAUCAGUGGACAAUCAUUAUGGUGAAUCCAGUAAUAAUGAUAAAGGAUAUACGGAUGAGUUUGAGGAUGGGAAUGAGGAUGAUUUGAUCAAAGAACUUGAACAGUUACAGACAGAUAUUGCGAAUGAUUUAGAAAGAGUGAAACUAUUUCAGAGUUUGUCACAAAGAAGGCUACCAUAUGAUAAUGCAUUGAGAACACAAGAUGAUGAUAGUGAGUUUGAAGACUGUUUUUACCAAAUAAAUAAAAUAAACAGUGAUUCAGAUGUAACAGAAGUAUCCAAGUUAAAUACACUGUCUGAAACUGUGAAGAAUGCAUUGAGUGAUAAGGAAGAAGCGGAUGAGUGGAUAGAAGUCAAUAUCAAAUUUGCAAGAAGUUCCUAUGGCGAGAAUAUUUCUAAAAAUGUAACAAACCUUGUUGGAAAAUGUGAAAACCUAGGAGGAAAAUGUGAAAACCUAGGAAGAAAAUGUGAAAGCAAGGCCUGUGAAACAACAGGUUUAUUCAGAAGUGUUCAUGAAAUGGAUUUGGCUCAAGUUAAUGAGCUGUUGCAAAGUGUUUCAGAGAAACAGACCAAGUUUUCAUCAAAACUGUCUAUUUUAAGCAGGCACAUCAAUACAAAUGAAGCUAUAAGUGUCAGUGAAAAAAACGACGUUACUGAUGAUGCAAAUGAUAAAGCCAAAUCUGGUACAAGUAAUAUAACUGCAGAUAGAAGGAUCAACACUUUUUAUAACCAAUCUGUAAACAAUAAUGAUGGUGCUUAUGGUGUUCAUGUUAUUGGAUGUGAAAAUUCAAAAUAUGAGAGCAUUUCAAAUGUUAGAACAAAUAGCAAUAAAGGCAAAGCUGUGUCUGAAGGAGGAAAGAUAAAUGAUGCAAAACAAAAGUUAGAAGAAGGAAAGAUAGAUGGUGCGAAACAACAUUUUGAACAAGGAAAGACAAUUGAUGCAAAACAAAAGUUUGGAGAAAUAAAGAUAAAUGAUGCCAAUAAAAAGACUGGAAAAGGAAAGAUGAAUGAUGCAAAACAAAACAUAAGUGAAGGAAAUAUAAAUGAUGCAAAAACGGAUUGCGGAAGAAAAUCGUUGACAGACAGAGGAAGGACAAAAUGGUUAACCGAUAGAGAAAGUAUCUUGUUGUUAGUGAGAGGGAUACUUGGAAGUGAACGGGAAGAUUUUGUUAAUGUAGUGACUGACAUAGUUGAAGUGCAAAAUGUUCAAGACACACAUGAAGGCAACACAACUUUAAGGUUUGACAUAGCCCAGGUGCAGUUGUACUGUGUGAAUGGAGUAGGUCAGAAACCCAUGUUAGUCAAUGGCCUUGUAAUUAAAACUACAUCAGAUGUGGUGGACUCGGUGUUGCAUUACCCAGGAAAACACUACAGCACAUUGCUUGUCAAUGCAGACAUCACCAUGUCAUACAGACACAAAGGCUACAAUCCACUGAAAGUCAAACAGACCAUGACCUCUCAACAGUAUAUGGAGGGCUGCAAUGCGUCUGAUGCAUGGCUUGACAGUGUGCUUCAUUUGCUGAAACAGUUGAACAUAAACCUGCUGCUAGUGAAGGGUGGAGUGUCACCUGCUGUACAGCACGCCUGUGAAGCUUCUGGCAUUCUCAUCAUCAGCAGGGUCCCAUACCAACUCCUGGAGCAAAUAUCUUCCUCAGCACAAGUGGACCUGUUGACAUAUGUACCUCUAGCAACUCAGACCCAUGUUUGCUGUAACCUCACACUUUCCACAUUGGCCUCCCACAGGUCAGGCAGUGUACAAAUGAACGGCCAGUCUCAGUGGGAAGUUGUGUUAAAUACACUGGAUGCACUAUUUCAGACAGUUGUUGUAGCUGGUGUCUCAUCAGUGUUUUGUAACCUCCGCAAACAGGAAGUGUUGAACUGUCUGCACCAGGUGACCUCUGUGUUGAACAGCAGUGACCUUCUGAUUGGGGAGGGCAGCUUUGAGAUGACAUGUAUCGAGACUUGUGAAUGGAAAAUAGACAAAGGUGAGAUACUGAUCAGUACAGAUGAUGAAAUGGGUGUGGCAAGUGUGCUGAUAGCUCGGGAACUCAGGGACUGUCUACUGACAUGGGUCAGUCUACCAGCCUGCGCCUCUUGUCAAAUACAAAGCCUGAGUAGGAGGAUGGACAUGCAUCAUUGGGCUUUGAACUUAACAAAAAUUGCACUGAAGACAGACAGUGUUGUUGUGACCGGUCUGAAUGGAAUGGAAAUGCCAAACUUAUAAUAUCUAUAGAGCAUAGAAUAAAUAGUCUCAUUUAUCAUUGUGUUUUUUAACACAGUGUACAUACCUUUUUGAAAACUGGAAAAUUUUGCUUGUAUAACAAUAUUAAAUUGUAUGUGGGGA